AUAAAGAGGGUUCAUCACUUUCACAUUUUAUUCUCAUCAUCUCAAAAUAAUUAAAAAAGAUGGUGUAGUGUGGAUUAUAAUAGUUACCAUUAAAAAAAAAACUAAAUUACAAUGAAGUUUAUAUCAUAUUAGUAAGUUUAUAUCAUAUUAGUAAAUUUUACCAAGCAGCUAUAAAAUAGAAUAAUCCGCCUCACUCAACUCUCUCUCUUUGUCACAGAAUCACCACCAACUUCGCUUCCAUGUCCACUUCGCGGCUUCGCCAUAUAGCACCUCUCUUUUCCGUGUCCACCAAAGACGGUGCCGGCAACAACGCUGUUUCUUCCUCUGCCACCGCCGCUACUUCCAAUGAUUACGAAGAUGAUUUAGCACGGUAUCGUGUUCCUCCACCUGAGAUUAGGGACAUCGUUGAUGCUCCGUUGGUUCCUGCAUUGUCAUUUUCACCAUAUAGAGACAAAAUCAUUUUUCUAAAGCGACAGUCUUUACCUCCGCUGACUGAAUUAGCGAGGCCGGAGGAAAAGUUGGCUGGUUUACGUAUUGAUGGACACUGCAAUACAACGAAUCGCAUGUCAUUUUACACCGGUUUAGGGAUCCACCAAAUUCUUCCUGAUGGUACACUAGGACCAGAGGUUGAGAUACAUGGUUUGCCUGAAGGUGCAAAGAUACAUUUCAUUACUUGGUCUCCUGAUGCUCGACAUUUAUCCUUUAGUAUUCGCGUGAAUGAAGAGGACGAUAAUACCAGUAAACUCAAAGUAUGGAUUGUAGAUGUGGAAACUGGGAAAGCUAGACCUUUGUUUCAGUCUCCUGAUGUAUAUUUAAACGCGGCUUUUGACAGCUACAUUUGGGUAGAUAACUCUACAUUGUUAGUUUGCACCAUUCCAUCAACUCGUGGAGCUCCACCAAAGAAACCUUUGGUUCCUGAUGGCCCGAAAAUUCAAUCUAAUGAGCAGAAAAACAUUAUUCAAGCAAGAACAUUCCAGGAUUUGCUGAAGGACAAAUACGAUGAAGAUUUGUUUGACUACUAUGCGACCUCUCAGCUUGUUUUAGCAUCUUUGGAUGGUACUACAAAGGAUUUUGGACCACCAGCUGUUUAUACCUCUAUUGACCCUUCCCCAGAUAAGAAGUAUGUUAUGAUUAGUUCAAUUCACAGGCCUUACUCUUUUAUUGUACCUUGUGGAAGAUUUCCAACGAAGGUACAAUUAUGGAAUGCCGAUGGAAAAUUUGUCAGGGAGCUUUGUGACUUGCCCCUUGCUGAAGACAUUCCAAUUACAGCUGAUAGUGUGCGAAAAGGGAUGCGUUCUAUUAACUGGAGAGCUGAUAUGCCAUCAACACUUUACUGGGUAGAAACUCAAGAUGGAGGUGAUGCAAAAGUGGAAGUUUCUCCUCGUGAUAUAAUCUACUCACAACCUGCUGAACCACUAGAAGGUGAACAACCAAUGAUAUUACACAAGCUUAAUCUCCGCUAUGGAGGAAUUUUAUGGUGCGAUGAUUCACUGGCUUUUGUAUACGAAUCUUGGUAUAAAACAAGGCGAAUAAGAACAUGGGUAGUCUCUCCUGGAUAUGAAGAUGUGCCUCCACGCAUCCUAUUUGAUCGAUCUUCAGAAGAUGUAUACUCUGAUCCCGGUUCUCCAAUGUUGCGGAGAAUCCAAACUGGGACAUAUAUUAUUGCCAAGGUAAAGAAGAGGGGUGAUGAUGGAAGUUACAUCUUACUGAAUGGAAGUGGUGCAACACCAGAAGGGAACGUUCCAUUCCUUGAUCUGUUUGACAUAAAUACAGGUAUCAAGGAACGAAUCUGGGAGAGCGAUAAGGCAAAGUAUUUUGAGACUGUUGUUGCUCUAAUGUCUGAUCAAGAAGAAGGAGAUUUACAAUUAGAUAAGCUGAAAAUACUGACUUCAAAAGAGUCAAAAACAGAAAACACCCAAUAUAACUUUGUUAGCUGGCCUGAUAAAAAAAUAGUUCAGGUUACAAAUUUCCCUCAUCCAUACCCUCAGCUUGCUUCAUUGCAGAAAGAGAUGAUCAGGUAUCAAAGAAAAGACGGGGUUCAACUCACCGCCACAUUGUACUUGCCACCAGGUUACAAUCCAUCAACAGAUGGUCCUUUGCCAUGUUUUGUUUGGUCUUACCCUGGAGAAUUUAAGAGCAAAGAUGCUGCUAGCCAAGUUCGUGGUUCUCCAAAUGAAUUUACUGAGAUCGGUUCCAUGAUAUCCCAUCUUUGGCUGGCUAAAUGGUUUGCAAUUCUAGCUGAACCAACCAUUCCUAUUAUCGGUGAGGGAGAACAAGAGGCAAAUGAUAGCUAUGUAGAGCAAUUAGUUGCAAGUGCAGAGGCUGCUGUGGAGGAAGUUAUCCGGCGCGGGGUAGCUCAUCCAAAGAAAAUAGCUGUUGGUGGACAUUCCUAUGGCGCGUUCAUGACUGCCAACCUUCUGGCACAUGCCCCUCAUCUCUUUAGUUGUGGAAUUGCUCGUUCUGGUGCUUACAACCGGACGCUUACUCCUUUCGGUUUUCAGAAUGAAGACAGAACUCUUUGGGAGGCCACUAAUACCUAUGUAGAGAUGAGUCCUUUCAUGUCAGCUAAUAAAAUUAAGAAGCCUAUUUUGCUUAUCCAUGGAGAAGAGGAUAACAAUUCAGGAACAUUAACCAUGCAGUCAGAAAGGUUUUUCGAUGCUCUGAAAGGUCACGGUGCUCUUUGCCGGCUGGUGAUUCUGCCUUUUGAAAGCCAUAUUUAUUCCGCCAGAGAAAGCAUCAUGCAUCUCCUUUGGGAAACAGGUAGAUGGCUGCAUAAAUACUGUGUGUCAAAUACUUCUGAUGCUGGUGAAGAUCAUGAUACUGUCACAGUCAAAGAAAUUACAGAUCAUCAUGAUGUACUUCACUGAGAGAAUGGAACACUUACAUUAUAAUUAUGGGAUGUAAAACACAUUCAUUCAAUAGCUUCUAUAGCAAUAAUUGCAUUGCUGGUUCGGCAGCGGGUUACCAAAUCAUCACCUGCAUGGUUUACCAAGAUGAUGUUAUCAUUGCCGCCUUGUUUUCCGAACGAUCUUAGUUGCUUAAUCGAAUAAUGUACAAAGUGUAAUUUAAACUCAUAGUAUUACUUGUUCUUAAGCAC